AUGGUUAUGAGCCUUAGAGUUUCUGAACUCCAAGUACUGUUGGGCUACGCUGGGAGAAAUAAGCACGGACGCAAACACGAACUUCUCACAAAAGCACUGCAUUUGCUAAAGGCUGGCUGUAGUCCUGCUGUACAAAUGAAAAUUAAGGAACUCUAUAGGCGGCGAUUUCCCCAGAAAAUUAUGACACCUGCGGACUUGUCCAUCCCAAACGUACAUUCAAGUCCUAUGCCAGCAACUUUGUCUCCAUCCACCAUUCCACAACUCACUUAUGAUGGUCACCCUGCAUCGUCACCGCUACUCCCUGCUUCUCUUCUGGGACCUAAACAUGAACUGGAACUCCCACAUCUUACAUCAGCUCUUCACCCAGUCCAUCCGGAUAUAAAACUUCAAAAACUACCAUUUUAUGACUUACUGGAUGAACUGAUAAAACCCACCAGUCUAGCAUCAGACAACAGUCAGCGCUUUCGAGAAACCUGUUUUGCAUUUGCCUUGACACCACAACAAGUGCAGCAAAUCAGUAGUUCCAUGGAUAUUUCUGGGACCAAAUGUGACUUCACAGUACAGGUGCAGUUAAGGUUUUGUUUAUCAGAAACUAGUUGUCCACAAGAAGAUCAUUUCCCGCCCAAUCUUUGUGUGAAAGUGAAUACAAAACCCUGCAGCCUUCCUGGCUACCUUCCACCUACUAAAAAUGGUGUGGAACCAAAGCGACCCAGCCGACCAAUUAAUAUCACCUCACUUGUCCGAUUGUCUACAACAGUACCAAACACAAUUGUUGUUUCUUGGACUGCAGAAAUUGGAAGAACCUAUUCCAUGGCAGUAUAUCUUGUAAAACAGUUGUCCUCAACAGUUCUUCUUCAGAGGUUACGAGCAAAAGGAAUAAGGAAUCCGGAUCAUUCUAGAGCUUUAAUUAAAGAGAAAUUAACUGCGGACCCAGACAGUGAAAUAGCUACAACCAGCCUAAGGGUUUCUCUACUGUGUCCACUUGGUAAAAUGCGGCUGACAAUUCCAUGUAGGGCCCUUACAUGUUCUCACCUGCAGUGUUUCGAUGCAACUCUUUAUAUUCAAAUGAAUGAGAAAAAACCAACCUGGGUUUGUCCUGUCUGUGAUAAGAAGGCACCAUAUGAACACCUUAUUAUUGAUGGCUUAUUUAUGGAAAUCCUGAAGUACUGUACAGAUUGUGAUGAAAUCCAGUUUAAGGAAGAUGGCUCUUGGGCACCAAUGAGAUCAAAAAAGGAAGUACAGGAAGUUUCUGCCUCAUUCAAUGGAGUUGAUGGAUGCUUGAGCUCCACAUUAGAGCAUCAGGCAGUGUCUCACCAGUCUUCAAAUAAAAAUAAGAAAGUAGAGGUGAUUGACCUAACCAUAGACAGCUCAUCAGAUGAGGAAGAGGAAGAGCCUUCUGCCAAGAGGACCUGUCCUUCCCUGUCUCCCACAUCACCACUGAACAAUAAAGGCAUCUUAAGUCUUCCACAUCAAGCAUCUCCAGUCUCCCGUACCCCCAGCCUUCCUGCUGUAGACACGAGCUAUAUCAACACCUCCCUAAUCCAAGACUACAGGCAUCCUUUCCAUAUGACACCCAUGCCUUAUGACUUACAAGGAUUAGAUUUCUUUCCUUUCUUAUCAGGAGACAAUCAGCAUUACAACACCUCCUUGCUUGCCGCCGCCGCAGCAGCAGUUUCUGAUGAUCAAGACCUCCUACAUUCGUCGCGGUUCUUUCCAUAUACCUCCUCACAGAUGUUUCUUGAUCAGUUAAGUGCAGGAGGCAGCACUUCUCUGCCAAACACCAAUGGAAGCAGCAGCGGCAGCAACAGCAGCCUUGUGUCUUCCAACAGCUUAAGGGAGAGUCACAGCCAUGCAGUGGCGAACAGGAGCAGCACGGACACAGCAUCGAUCUUCGGCAUCAUACCAGACAUCAUCUCCUUGGACUGACUCCCUUGCCCUGCUGCUCCCACCCCAUCCCAGAUUAAAUGAACUUGGCAGAAAGAAGAGAACUGUGUGCUCUGAUUUACCUUAUUCUGUUUAGAAAAAGUACACGUAUGGGGUUUUUUUCCUCUUUUUAGGAAAAAAAAAUUAAAAGAAAUGUACAGAGAACAAAACUAUAUUUUCAGUUUUACUUUUGUAUAUAAAUCUAAGACUGCCUGUCUGAUAAAACACUUGUUUAAAAAAAAAAAGGAAAGAAAAGAAAAAAGAAGCACCACAAACCACCUUCAGUUUUCGUGUUUUUAGUUUAUCAUUUCUGGAUUCUGAAGAUUUUUUUUCAUCAUUUGUCCUAUUUGGUUUUAUUUUGCUUCAGUGGCAUUAUUUUAUUUGCAGUAACAGAAAAGGAGUUGCAUGUAUGACAUUUUAAAUUGUGGGCUUUGUUGUGGGGAGGGAAUGGGAGGGAUAGUUUGAUUUCUAUUUUUGAAAAGCAACAGACUUGGACUCUGUUUGUGUGUGCACAUUUCAUCCAGCCUUAAGUUAUAACUCAUCUGUCCCACUGCAUUCUCUGUAUUUCCACACAGUCCUGUGUGUAUGUGUUGAGUGUACGUGUGUGUGUUUCUAUCAUCACUGUCCUCUCUUGUCCUGAGUUUGCAUUCAGUUAAUAAAUCAGUUGCCUGCUUCUCUCAGAGUGCUUUGAAGGUCUAGAACUCAUGUAUGAGUAUCCUUUAUCAGCUAUACCAAUCCCCCUCCCCCCCUUCAUAUUCUCUGUUACAUGCUGUAUACCCUGAGAACGUGUCUCAGAGAUACUGAAUACUGAAGGAAAGCUGUCUGGGUAAGGAGUAAGGUUUACUUACUUACACUUUAGUUCUUGAUUCUAAAUCUGGAUUGCCAGUAUUGUGUACUUAAACCAAGUCUGUGAAUACCUGUUUUUGGGGCCACAGGGUAACCAGUUGUCAUGUAAGACCUUCAUACCAAAGUAAGAGAUGCAAAUAACUUUUGAGAGCCCUCAGAAGGAAAGACAACAUGAUCCUAAAGCUAAUUCUAUUUGGAAAAUGCAGGGCACCAUACAUGUGGAUCUGUAGAAACCUAUUUGAUAAACAGUUGGAACUCAAAAUGUUUUUGAAUCUUAGUCAUUUUUACUCUCUCUUUCUGUGUGUACUUAUUUUCCUUGUUUAUUUUUCCCUUCACCUUUUAAUGACAAGCAUGACAUAGGAAAGUCAUUUUUUUAAUUCACAGAUCAAUCUGAUCUCUUAAUAGUGGAACAUGUAAAUAUAUUGAAAACUUUUUCAGGAGAUGAAUAGAGGUCAAAGGGCAGGAUGAAUAUUUUACUUGUGUUCCAAAACCCUUAUCAGAGAGGUUCUCAGGUGUGGAAAAUAGAUUUCAGUUGACUGAUAGUACAGAUUUAACAAAGAGAAAGGAUUAUCUGCCAGGUUUCCAGACUGGAUUUUUAUAUUUCAACUAUUAAUGUUCUCAGAGUUGAUGAAGGACCACCUUGAUGUAUACAUGUAUUGUUUUUGUGUUGGUAUCAAAAUGACCUGUUUUAAUCCAGGUAGAACUCAAGAUGGCUGUAUCUCCAAUUGUAUGGUGAAAUUGACAGUUUACAUGACUGUGUGGCAUCCUAAAAUAGUAUCUUUAUACAACAUCUCUGCUACUAAAUUGUUGACUUGAAUUUUGAAAGAGUUGGUGUUGCUAUGUAUAUGUGUGUGUGUAUAUAUGUAUUUAUAAACAAGUGUGUAUGAGUGACAAGUGAACUGCAUAGUCUUUCCCCUUCGCAUGUGUAUUCCACACAUGGCUGGGUUAGUCACAGAACAAUUUGCAAUAAAACAAAACAAGUUCAUUGUCAGCAAAAACAAUAAUUUUUACAUAAAUCUGGUGUUACGAUGAAUAAAUAAUUUUAAGAAUUUUCAAUUAGGCUAAUUUAAGUAGCAUCAUAAUUUGUAUCUCAAUUUGGACCAGGAUAGAAAUUACUGAAAUUGUUUGGGAUAUUGUUUCUGCUUUUACAUUUCAAUUGAAAACAUUGCUAUUAAUUUCGGCUACCUUAGAAAAAUAGGUCUUUUUUUCUGCCAUUGUUAGUGGUCUCUGCAUCCUGCUGAUACCUGUGUGAUGCUGAGUUACUAACCCUUGGAAUGAUCCAGUUGAAAACGUGUCCCUUUUUCUUCCUCCAAUCCAGUUUUGAAAGGUGUAAUUUUCUGAUGCAUCCCUGCCUUUUAGGAGCCUAAAGGAAGAGGAGAAAUAGGGAGAAAUAAACUUGUUCCUGGGCUGUAGGGUCAUGUUCCCAUGGGAGAAUUAGCCAUUUUGGUUCUUUCCACUUUGUGAGGUGGUGUCUCCUUCAUUUGUUGGCUUUCUAGAAUGUCAAAUUAGGUAAGUGGUUAAUCUUUCUGUUGGUCCCGUCAGUAUCAGUCAUGCACUACAUCAUCUUCUGAGCUUUAGAAAUGCACGUAGUCACUUCAUCUUUCUUACCUUAGCCCACCCCCACCCCUAAUCCCCACCUGUGGCAACACUUGUGCUGCUGUCUGUACAGAGCGGUUAUCCGAAUCUAGGCAAGUUGAGUGGCCCUUUCCUUGGUCUUUUAUAACCGCAUAUGUUUGUGUUUCUCUACAGUAUUGUGUGUGUGCAUGUGUGUAUAGGUCAAUAUGCACACAUCUUUGAUAAAACUAGCUGUUUGACUAGCAGGGUUGAAGUGGCUUUUAAAUACUAUGUGGGCAUUAUUAGACAUCUUUUGUAAAAAAAAAAAAUCCAAAACUUAACCAUGCCACGCUUGAUUAACUUAUUUUGAGCAUUAAAUUUUUUCUAUUAGACAUGAUCACAAUUUUACAUUACUGACUUAAGAUUUGCUUAUGUGUCUGAAAAAUGUGGUUUCUUGAUAGAUUUUUUUUUCCUUUGAAACAAGUGAGUAGAAUUGAAUAAAUAUGUCCCAAUUGUAAAUUUAUAAAUGUGGCAAGAACAUUUUUAAAACAAUUUCAAUUUUAAAUACAUAAAACUUUUAGGUUCUUCAGAACUUUCUAAAGCACAUUUGAAUUUAUUUUAGUAAGAAUUUAGUUUUUAUCAGUACAUGUUCAAUUCUGGUUUUUUUAAUUAAAUACAAAGCUUAGGUUUCAGAAAGAGGGAGGGUAAAUAGCUGGUGGUCCCAGAGUGUGCUGCUGUUUAACAAAGGGGGAAGUGUAUAUAAAGAGAUAUAAAAGUUAUCAUAAAUUCCACGAACUUAAAUCUGUGAUUCAUUGCCUUAAAACUUUCUCUCUUAGAAUUUCCGUACCGCAUGCCAAACAAGUAAAAUGGCUUUUAAAAAUGUAUAGUAGACCAAUGUCAGUUUGUAUAAAAGUACCAAGUGAAAAUAUUUAUUACAUGCAUUGGAAAAAAUGUUUACCUAUUGAAUGUUACCUGUUUAUGUAGAGCUCUUUAGAUGUAAUAAAAGAAAAGCCUUCAGUUA